UUGACAAAGGAUAUGAUUAACCGAAUCGCGGAUUCCACUCGGGCAAACUAAAGUGGAGCGCCGGGGAACUGUUGCCAUGAGAACGCAAACAGCGCUAACUUUUUGUCAACAACAGCACCAAUAUUUCUCCAACUGAAGCCCAUACCUGGAAGCUUCUGAUUUUAGUCAACAGCUUUAUCAUUAUUAUUUAAUGGUAAAACACAAUGCUUCCACCGACCGAAUCUCUCCUGAAAUACAACACUCCAGUUUUGGUCAGCAAAAGCACAGACAGGAAAUCACCAAAGGGGCGCCCUUUGAGAGUGAGCCCUCAGCAGCCUGUUGACUCAGGCCCUGUUCCACCACCUCCUAAACCCAAAUCCGCCUCCACUGAGGCCACCAAGCAGGAAAAUGAGGAGGUCCUGAAUGCCAUCCUUCCACCCAGAGAAUGGACGGAGGGGAACCAACUGUGGGUGCAGCAAGUGUCCAGUGCACCUUGUACAAGAACAGAUGUUGUUCAUCUUGAGGAACUCUUAGACAUGAAGCUGCAGCAAAGACAGGCCAGAGAAACAGGAAUCUGUCCUGUCCGCAGGGAGCUCUAUUCCCAGUGCUUUGAUGAGCUGAUCCGACAGGUGACCAUUAACUGUGCUGAGAGGGGUCUGUUGCUGUUGCGGGUUAGAGACGAGAUUCAAAUGACUAUUGCUGCCUACCAGACACUGUAUGAAAGCAGCGUGGCGUUUGGCAUGAGGAAGGCGCUGCAGGCUGAGCUGGGAAAGGCUGACAUGGAAGAAAGAAUUUCUGAUCUGGAGACUGAGAAACAAGCCCUGAAGGACCAACUGAACGAACAGAAAGCUAAAUGCGAUGCAAUUGAAAAGAGAGAAAAUGAAAGGCGACAGCUGGAGGAAAAGAAGCACGCAGAGGAGGUACAGGCCCUUAAGAAAAGCUAUCAGCAACUCAAGACCCAACUGGAAGGAAUCAUUGCACCAAAGAAAUAAGUGGAACAAGCAAAAACUGAGUUGCCAUUUCCAAGUACAAAAUGUUACUUUGUCCUUCGUUUGUCAAUGAAAUCAAUUCAUGUAAACUUCACUGUGUGUAAUUA